AUGGCCGCGCCGCCGGCUCCUCGACGCCCCGGCCUAGGAGGGGCGGCGGCUCGGGCUCGGGCUCCGCGGGCGGCGGCAAGCGGCGGCGGCCCGAGGCAGCGGGCGGCGCUCCCCGCGCGCAUAGGGGAGCCCUGCCUAAUGCAUGGCUGUGCGCACGCGGCCGCCUCCCGAGGGACCACGCGCCCGGCGGCAACGGGGGAAACCCCCGGCACCCGGCGUGCGCGGGGCCGGCUCAGGGGAAGCGAGGCCUGCGUCCCCCGCGCGCUCCCCACCCUAGGAGCCGAGGAAGCCAAAAGAGAAAGACGCGGCCUUUCCUUUCCCCACCUCGCAGGAGGGCGCCGGAGGGGCGGAGAGCGGGUGGGGGCGCCCGACGGAGGGCAGCACCCUCGCAGCCCAGAAUUUGUUUUCACUUUCGGCCCCACAGCGGAGAGGACGCCGGGAGGUGUAGUUUUGGCAGCGGCAGGAAGUCGGCUUGCGGAGGGUGGGGACGCCCGGACCGUCCUACCCGGGGGAGGUGCCUGGGAGGCACGCGGACUACAAGUCCCUACAGCGCGGGCGCCGCCGCUGCCGGGAGCCGGCUUCGCGCUUCCCGGGCACCGCGUCCGCGAGCAGGCCGAGGGUGUCCGCGAGCCGAUGCGGGGCGACCUGCGCGCGCAGCUCCGCCCGCCCAGCUGCCUACUGCGCCGCGGGCCCGCGAGAAGUGCGCGCGCCCUGCUUGCGUGGAGUUGCCAGGGACACCGCGGCGGCUAGGUCGGCCUUUUGUGUAUUCCCAAACAGAGGGCGCACCUGUCUGCUCCCCUCCCCCCGGCCUCUUCUGGCGUUUCCAUGGAGGUGGCUUUAACGGCUUAAGCAGAAAAGAGAGCUAAUUGGCGAGGUCUCCUGGAACUGGCACUGUGCGGGACGACACAGGCUGUCCAUAAAUCAACCGUAGAUUGCCGAUUCCUUUUAGAAAUUAGGACUACAGCUCCUGCCCUAUGGCAAGAUGAUGUCUUUGCCACAGAGUGUGUUCACCCUGCCUUUGUAACUGCACACCGCAGCACAAAGUGAUGUCACUGAUUUUUGGUCAUUUUAGGAGGAA